GUAAGGCGAGGAAAUGGCAUUCACAUUUGCUGCGUUUUGUUACAUUUUGGCUCUAAUUUUAACGGCGUUUUUGAUAUUUUUUGCUAUUUAUCACGUAAGUACAUUGAGAUUGGUGCUGCCAGAGUAUGGGAUCCAUGCCCUUUUUACAAUCUUAUUUGUAUUUGCCUGGCAGUGGGGCACUGUACUGCUGAAUGUUCCCCUAAUUGCUUACCAUGUCAACAGGUAUCUUCAUAGGCCCGUAAUGAGUGGCCCUGGCUUGUAUGACCCCACUAGCAUAAUGAAUGCUGAUGAACUAAGCAGAGCUCAGAAAGAAGGAUGGGUCAAGCUAGCAUUCUAUCUUCUCUCUUUUUUCUAUUACUUGUACAGUAUGAUAUAUGUGCUUGUGACAUCCUAAAAGCGGUUCAUGUCUUUUGGUUUCAUCCGGGGGAAAAUUCAAUUAUAAGACAACGACAUGCAAGCCGUGACAGGUACUAGACGACAAAAUGGAAUGUACACAUUGGUUUUCAAAAGAACGAGAUGUUGAACAAAGCUGCUCACGUAUCUGCAGAAAUAUCCCAUUUCAGAGACAAAUGUGUGGCUUAUUCACUAGGAAUGUGAUCUCUCAUCCUUAUUACUAAUAGAUCAAAUGAAAAUAAACAUGUUUGGAAGACAAUGUCAUCUAUUUCCCUUGCACCUGCAGUUGAUAUUCCUUGUGUGCUGCUCAAAGUAAUUGUGAUGGCUGUCCCUGGUAAAGCCUCAUUUAUGUAAAUGCCAGUCUUUUUAGCUUUUAUACUAUAAGACAUUUGAUAUGUAAAAUUGGUAAAGUUGAUCAUAGUAGUUGUUUCUUAACAUUCUUUGUUAAAGACAUUAAUUUUGUGAGUUAUUUCUGUAACACUUUUGAGACAUUUUUGGAAAGAUAAUGUAGUUGGUUAUUCUUUUAGCAAAGUGACUAGGAAAAAAAAAUAGAAAAAUUUAUAUUAGUCUUUUGCUUGAUUAAUAGUUCUUUUUUUCUUGUCUUCAGGCACAAUUUUUGUACUUGUACAUGUUAUCAUUGUUUAUAACAUUUGUAAGCAAAAACAUUGCAUAUUUGAAUUUCUGGUUUAUAAGUAGGGCAUUUGCUGUCUGUCAGUAUAAUGAAAAUAGUUUGCAGCCAUUCACUGUGUGAGUGGAUAUGUGUCCAUUUUAUCAUAUUUGGAGAUUGACAACCAGUUUAUUUGCUAAAUCUAUAAACAUCAUUGUGAUCCGUUGCUUAGUUUAGUAAGUCAUCUGUGGCAAAUGAUUUUUUUUGUCUGUGUGUGUAUGCAGAAUUUUUCCAGCUGAGUUCUCAAUGGACAAUUCAUUUAAGCUAGGCAAAUAAGAUAUUGUCCUAGUUUUCAAUUAGUGUUAGAAGGUUGCCAAGUCACUGAAAAAAGUUACAGACCUCUAAUUUUAUAAUAUUGAUUUUUUGUAUCAAAUCCUAUGACAAAUUUGCUUCCGCAGGACAAUCGAAUUAUCUUCUUUUGACAGUUUACAAUAAAUGCUUUUUUUUUGGGGGGGGGGGAGGGGGCUAUUCAUUGCUUUGAUUCUGGUAAUGCAGAAAAUUGUCAAAUAAAACUUUGUACUUAACUGAUAUAGAUAUAUUUAUUGUUUGAAGUUUUCUAAUUAGCAGGUUUUUUUAUGCCAACAUAAUCAAUUUAGGUUACUCAUCAUAAAAUGAACUAUUUGAAGAAGUUUUGUCCCGUAUUCAAGAAGGUUUUAAAGCUAUUAAUAAGAUUGAAAAAAAUUCA